AUGGUACGUACCAUAGCACUUGUGAAAGACAUUUGCGAUCACGGUGACGAGAAACUGCGGCGUCCCUUGAGCCGCUGCGGAAGUGCUGCAGACGGUGAUAACGAACGCCAAAAGUUUGAUAACGCGUAUUCCGCUAUCCCCUCAACUUCUCGCGAAGGUCCUUUUAAAUACGAGACCGACGAAGAGUGGGAAGAAAUGAUUGGAAGAGAAUUAUUGUAUGACGAGCAACAUGAUAAUAAGAAGACGAUGGUUGAACCCUCGAGCAAGAACAUGGACCGACCUCAUUCCUUGCAUUUGACUCCCAGUAUUUCUUCGAGCUCCGACGGCAACCUGAGCGUUCUCUUAACGGACCAUUCGGAAGCGGACGGCUAUUGUUGCGACUAUUCACAUGCUAUCAUCCCUCAUAAACAAGACACAUCGAUCGGCUUUGAUCGCGAACGGUCUUCUACACCUAUACCCUUGAAUUCCGCUGCGCAAUGGAAGCCAGGCUUCGAACUAGGUUUAUCUCGUAGUCUCGAUUUGUAUGAAGAUCUCUAUCAACCACCUUUAUACGCUUCAUCGGCGCCAAGUCGUUACGAUUGGGAAGGCCAUUCCUCGGAUACUUCUCUCCAUGAUGAUUACAACGACAUACUCUCGACUAUGUGGAGCCCCAAAGCUUGCUCGCCACCGGUGACGAUUUCGUCAAUGGUAGAAAGCAAAUCGCUGCAUACCACUUUGAUAAAUCUCGACGCUAUGCAAUUACGAACGCGCUCUAGCCCCUCAGAAAAGACCCCGGUUCAGAAACCGGCUCUCGUUACCGCGGUCUCUGAUUCGAGAAAUAUCAAUCCAUCAUACGCAGAUAACCAUAUUUCGCCUUUGAUACUGCCAGCCGGCUCCACCAGCAAUAAUUCUCGACAGUAUGGUAAAAAUGAGCAAGUAAACGGUCGAACCACCAGUGGCAAACGUGUAUCGCGACUGUAUCAACGUCGAAUUACGAUAGAUCAUACUCCGUAUGUCCUAUCUACGCGUCAUCCGAGAGAUCAUGAACGUUCAAUGGCUUUGAUGGAUCCGCCUGAAGAACAAUCUUAUGCAAUGAACGCACAGAAUGCGGUAAUUAUGUUGGUGCAAGGUAUCAGCCCAAACGUCAGUUUCAAAGAGUUGCAACAGCUAUUUUAUCAUCUUGAUAUUCUGCAAAUUCGUUACCUUCGAUCCGUUCAUCAAGCUUACAUCACUUAUCGCACUUACGAGUCUAUGAUCAAAAGCAUAUGGCAAUUUAAUAACACAGCAUUCCGUGGAAGUAUCUUGCGAUGUAUUCCGUUUGUGCCUAGCACACCAUCACCACCACAGCAAGUCUCAUAUGGAUAUUUCAGCGAAGAAGAAAGACCAGAAAUCCAUUCCGGUACAUUGGCGAAUGUCACAAAAACCGAUAAUGGGCAGUGUUUGCCCAAACAGAUGGUCGACUACACAAACGCGCCAGCUUGCAUGCAAUCAGGAUGGUACCAACAGGGCUACUAUGUAUGGCAGGAUAGCUCUGCGGCUCCGACUUACGGUCCCAUAAUGGCAAAUUGGCCGAGCUACUACCCUCCCCGAGUCCGAUACUUUGUCCUGAAGCCAUGGGCACCACAAGAUUUAGAGCACAGCAUACACAUUGGUUAUUGGUCAAUCCCACGCUACAAGAUGCAUAUUCUUAACUCUGCAUUUGAGUCGAGCAUGGAAGUGUAUCUAAUUUUCAGCAUUACAGGCAGCGGUGAAUUCUGCGGCUAUGCAAGAAUGCUCAGCCCUGUUGUGGAUGUUGAGGCACAGUCCCUGAGUGCUGGGAAAGACGCACUCAAAGGUACACCAUUCGACACAAGACGCCAUCGAAAGCCUCGUAGGCGGAUUCUUCCAGAAUAUUUGGGCUGGAACGAAACUUCCGACAAAAGGAAUCUAGUGAGUAACAUUCACAUAUAUGAAGAAGAUCGAAAGCCGCGAUCUUGGAGAUUUGUAUUCCGUCUUCAGUGGGAGAAAAUUCACAGGAUCCCUUUUCGACAAACGAAAGCCAUCAUCAACGCGUGGAAUUAUGGCAAUACCGUGAGAGAAUCCAUGGACUGCACCGAACUUGAUGGCGUCGCGGGUGAGCAACUUAUCCACAUUUUCCACCGGCGUAAGUGAUGAAACAGUGAGUCGACAUGUGAAUUAUGGGAAUGUCGCCUACGCGAAAAAGAGCAUCUUCUCUAUCGAAAUGCACCUAGCAUAGUAUGGGAAUAUAAUCGAUUAGGGAGUUACAUCAUUUAAUCUAGCUUCAUCAGUAAGUCAUAGU